AAACUACAACCACAACCACAACCCACUCUCAAUCAACCAGCAGCUUCAAGCUUCUAGCUUCAAAAACUUUCUCAAUCACUCUCCGUAUAAACCACAACCACAACCACCACCACAACCACCACCACCACCACAAUCACAACCACCACCACCACCACCACAACCAACACAAUGACCGUCAUCGCCGAGCCCUCUCCCCUCCACACCGCCGGGCGGUACUACACCUCGGGCCGCGGCGGCGCAGGCAACUACCACCGCCUCGAGACGGCGCCUCUGCCUCCCCCACCCACCACGCUCCCCAACUCGCAGUCCUCGCGCUUCUUUGGCGGGCGUGGCGGUGCCGGGAACGUGCGGCCUACCAGCGAGCGCACGAUCUUCAGCUUCGACGAAGAGCUGGAGCGCGACCGCCUCUUCCACGAGCACCACGCACCGGUGUACUCCGUUGGGCGCGGCGGCGCAGGCAACAUCGUCCCCGCGGACGCGAUCUCUACCCGCUCCCACUACAGCAAGAAUGAUGGCACCCCGCGCAACUCGAGCUCCUCGGCUCGGUCAGAUGUUAGCGCCGUACAUGCGAACAGCUUCAGGAACAGCGCGGACCGCGUCCUGAAUAGACUCUCGAAGAUUCGCUCGGCCGGGUCGCAGUAGAUUUCUGCCGCCACCUGCUCUGCUCGCCUCUGCUCUCGAUUGCGCUUGCUUCUGUUGCUUUACAAAUGGCGUUUUGGGUAUACCCGUGCGAUAUCCUCAUCGCGGAUUUUUGCUUUCUCUUGAUUUCUCUUGC